AUGACGCAAGCUGGAACUAUUUCAGCUCACACCCACGAAGAGAUAAUGCAGGCAGCACCGUUUUCAGCUCACACUUAUGAAUGUUCGAUGCAGCCAAAACCGUCUUCAGCUCACACUCACGAAUGGAUAAUGCAGGCAGGACCAUCUUCAUUUCACAUUUACGAAGGGAUGAGGCAAGCAGGAACAAUUUCAGCUCACACCUAUGAAGAUAUAACGCAGGCAGCACCGUUUUUAGCUCACAAUUAUGAAUGUUCGAUGCAGGCAGGGCCGUCUUCAGCUCACGUUUACGAAGGAAUGACGCAGGCAUGGCCGUCUUCAGCUCACAUUUGCGAAGGAAUGACGCAGGCAGGACCACUUUCAGCUGACAUUUACGAAGGGAUGACGCAGGCAGGACCACUUUCAGCUGACAUUUACGAAGGGAUAACGCAGGCAGGAUUGUCUUCAGCUCACAUUUGCGAAGGGAUGACGCAAGCUGGAACUAUUUCAGCUCACACCCACGAAGAGAUAAUGCAGGCAGCACCGUUUUCAGCUCACACUUAUGAAUGUUCGAUGCAGGCAGGGCGAUAUUCACCUCACACCCACGAAUCGAUGAUGCAGGCAGGAUUAUCAUCAGCUCACACUCACGAAUUGAUGCUGCAGGCAGGACUGUCUUCAGCUAACACUCAAGAAGGGAUGAUGCAGGCAGGACCGUCUUCAGCUCACACUUAA